AUGUCUGAAAUGAUAAUUGAUUCCCCUACUAUUGAUAGCAGACCUCUAUAAACUGCCCGUAGAUUCAAUAAAAUUCAAAAAAAGAAGAGCAAUAUCUGUUCUUUGUCUUCACUUUCUCUUUCAUCUACUUCAACAUGUAUUUCAGGUUCAAACAAAAUUAAGAUGGCUUUAUUAAACUAACUCAAAAAUUAACAUUCCUUAAGCGACUUAAAUAUUAAUUUCGAUAACGCUUACGAUUUCAUUGAAGAAUCUACUGAUUUAAUCCCUUGCAUAGAGGAGCAGGAAUAUAAUCCCUCUCAUAGUGUUUAUUCAGCUACUUCUUGCAUGGAAGAAGAAGAUUCUGUCUGUGAUUUGAAGAUGAGAAACAUCAAUGAAAUGGAUAAUUUAAUGGUUAAUUCUAACAACUCUAUGCUUAUGAGCACAAGUACAGCUUCUCAUGUUUCCUAAGAUAUGAUGAUGAGUAGCAGCACUUGCAUGACAGCUGUUAAAUCAAAUAAAAAGCUUCGUCUCUUGACAGCUUUCACUCGCACUAAUUUCCUCAUGGAUGAAGAAUUAGACGACUAUUUUUUAUAACUUGAAAACAAAAUAAAUCAAUGGUUAGACGAAUAAGGUGUCUAACAAGUUGAGCCUAACUCAACUAAAAUGAGUAACUCUUCUAAAGUGAGUAUCAGUAGCCCCUUCAGUAAUUCUACACUUAUCUAAAGAAGAAAGUUGCGCAACUUAUCAAUGCUUUGA